AUGCUUUUAUUGUGAAAGGACCCCGUCAAUAUGCAUGUUUUCUUCCGGGUUUACUAAACGUGUUGCGAAGAAUGGCGGAAAACGAUUUCAGGUGCGUCGAGUGCAACGAAAAGGCAACGGAGCUCCACCGAGACUACAGCAACGGGAUCCUGAAGAUCACGUUAUGCGGGUCCUGCCAGAAGCCGGUGGACAAGUACAUCGAAUACGAUCCGGUCAUCAUCCUGAUCGACGCCAUCUUGUGCAAGACGCAGGCCUUCAGGCACAUCUUGUUCAACACCAGUUUGGCCAUCCACUGGAAGCUGUGCGUGUUCUGCCUGCUGUGCGAGGCCUACCUGAGGUGGUCUCUACGGCGCAGCUCCGAGCCCAGCGGCGACCCCGCCGACAUCAUCAGGUACGCCAAGGAGUUGGAAUUCUACGGGAUGGUGGCCUUGGCCGCGCUCGAGCUGUCGGCGUUCUGCGGCGGCGUGCUGCUGGUCCUGCGGGCGUCGUCGCGCCGUCUCCGCGGCGACGGCGCCGACCUCCGCCCCCUCCUGCGAGCUCUGCUGCUGUCGUGCUACGGCAAAGUCCUGCUGGUGCCCGCCGUCAUCUGGGAGCACGACUUCCUGCCGCUCUGCCUCGGCUUCAUCAAACUCUUCGUGCUGACCUCCAACACGCAGGCCGUCAGAGUGAUCCUCAACUGCAGAAGGCGCUUGGCGUUUUGGGCCGUGUGCGCGGGCCUGCUGUCGGAGACGCUUGCGGCUCGGACGGGUCAAACCUUAGCGGCUGCUUUCUGGAAAGGGGCCGUGUUUGACUGACGCGCCUUCAGUUUUUGUAUUAAAAAAAAAAAAAAACAUAUAUAUAUAUAUAUAUAUAUAUAUCCUUGUACAAAACCCUAUUUAU